AUGGCGACCGUGGAGCUGCUCACUGAUCUCUUUGAGCUUCUGGAGCUAGCUGAGAUUUAUAAAGGAAAAGGACGACAUCGGGCCCCACCGUGCACUUCCACAAACUAUAGCAGUGACAGUGAGCUGGAGCUAUCAACAGUACGUCACCAGCCAGAGGGACUGGAGCAGCUUCAAGCUGUCACCAAAUUCACAAAAAAGGAGCUUCAAUCUUUAUACAGAGGAUUUAAAAAUGAGUGUCCUAGUGGCUUGGUGGAUGAAGAAACCUUUAAGCUGAUCUACUCACAGUUCUUCCCUCAAGGAGAUGCCACCAUGUAUGCACACUUUCUGUUUAAUGCCUUUGACUUGGAAAGAAGUGGUGCCAUUCGGUUUGAGGAUUUUGUGGUCGGGCUGUCUAUUCUACUACGAGGGACUGUCCAUGAAAAAUUAAAAUGGGCUUUUAACCUGUAUGAUAUAAAUAAGGAUGGAUACAUUACCAAGGAGGAGAUGCUGGCAAUAAUGAAAUCCAUCUAUGACAUGAUGGGACGUUACACAUACCCCAUGCUACGAGAUGACGCCCCAAACGAGCAUGUGGAGAGGUUCUUCCAGAAGAUGGACCGAAAUCAUGAUGGAGUAGUAACCAUCGAUGAAUUUUUGGAGACUUGUCAAAAGGAUGAGAACAUUAUGAAGUCCAUGCAGCUCUUUGAAAAUGUGAUCUAGAAGAAGAUAUUGCAUUCCACCCAUGCCAGCACUAGCAAGGACCCAUCCGAAAGAGUAUGCCCGAGACUGGAUCACAUCCACCGCCCUCCUUCCUCCACCAACAGUCCAUGGAUGGUGUAAUCUCUCUCCCAGGGAACAGACAAUCCUACUUACUGCCUGCCUGUUUGCACUGAUCCCUUCCUACUCCUCACCAUAACAAACUCACCUUUCUAAGGACUGUUUUGUAUUAUUACAGAAAAAAGCACAUUUAUCUCUGCAAGAGCCAGGAUUCUUAAAUCAGGGAUUUUUACAGAAAGCCACUCUUGCCUGUAUCAGAUGUGGGAACACAUGAAUCAUUCCCCCACCCCCACCCCCCACAGAAACCAAGAGAUAUGUUUGAUGGUUUGAAGAACAAUACAGUUAAUUAUAUGCAGAUAUCUGCGUUUUGUGCUUCCUGAAAACCUGCCAAAUCCACUCAACACCUCAGCGCUAUGUUAGCUGAAAGUAAUAUGAUGGCCUCUUUCUCUGCCGCUUGGUGGCACUGGAAGAGUUUUCACCAGGUACAGAUAUCAUGGUUGUUAUAUUUAAGCCUUCCAUUAUGUUUUUCUUCUAAUUACAAGUAUUUGAGUGCAUGUUCUUUACAAGACCCAGAGCAUUCAUUAUCUAUAUAAAACCUAACUUAUCACAGGUCAUCAUUGCUGAUGCAAAACUGCUGACAGACACCAGUAGGGGCACAGGAGGUGAUACAUAGCUCUUUCCCUGCAUUUAAUCAAUGGAGUGCUGUAAAAUCAAUUUUGAAUCCCAAGGGUGCUGGUCCUGCAAGGGCACAGAGGGAAGGGCCCACAGCCUGCAGCGCUUCCACAGCCCCUCCCCUCUGAUAUGAGUAACGCUGUAGUAUCCAACCAGAGGACCACUACAUAGCAAAGGAGAGUGGCCGCGAUGUGUCUUAUACACUGAUCCUAAAGCAGUCUAAGGGAACCGCCUCCAGGCGCUUACAGGAGCAACACCCAAAGUUCAUUUUCUCAGCAGUAUAGUGAUUAAAAGCAGAGACAGAUGUCUGUCAGCAGUUUUGCAUCAACAAAACUGCUGAUGGACUCCCUUUAAGCCCCUUUAUUUUUCCAGACUGUGCAUUUGGAUGAGAAAUUGGGACAUGAUUCUUAAGAUAAUUAGGUCACUUCUCAGAGUAAUUGAGUUACUUUAAUGUUGCAUAUUUUAGGGGGGUUCAAAUCCAUAUAUAAUGGCACACAGUUUGAUGCUGUGUAUUGCUAAUGGUCUAUGUGAGCUUUUCAAAUCACUAGAGCAGUGGAUGAAAUCUGAUAUCAGCACAAGGGACACCUCAUUUGGAGUAUCGCAGUGCUGCUGCCUUGGUGGUACAUCAUUGCUGCCAUGUCUUUAUUAGUACAUACUGUACUUGCAAACAUUCUGGAGCCCUUUUCUUAGAACUCUGUAUUUAACCAUUCCCCUGUAUGAAUUGAUUGACUACUAGUGUACUGUAUCUACACAGCUGGUGUCAGAGUGCAUAGGAACACAUCCCUUUAACAUAGGGACCAUACAAUUCCAUGAGGAACAGCAGAGGACUAAGUUAGUCGAAUUGUUAUUUCACAAGAAAUACAAGCAUUUACUAAGGUAAACAUCAGCAAUUUCAAUGAUGCUAAGCUGCUGACACCACUAAGUAGGGUCUGGGAAGAGCAGUACAAACAUAUCUUUAGAGAGAAUAUGAAGUUUCAAUUUUGCCAGAUUUUGCUCCAGCAAGUGUCCAGGAGGUGGGGAUUCACUGUGAAGUGUUCUCUGCCUUGAGCUGCUUUACGGCUCCUCCCCCCUCUGAUCUGAGAGAAAACUAUUGCAUCCAACCAGGAGACCUCUAUAGCUGUCAGUCAGAGCAGAGGGGAGAGGCUGUAAAACUGCUUAUGGCAGGAAACUAACAGAACUUCACAGUGAACCUCUACACCUGGGUACUUGCUAAAAUUAAAUCUAGCUGAAUAAAACUUCACAGUCAUACUACUCCUGAUUAGAAAAGCUCUACAAAAGGUAUGUUUGUCAUGCUCUCCCCAGCCCAUACCUACUGCUGGCAGGAAUUUAGCAUAGUCAAAACUGCUGAAAGAUUUCAUUUAAGAAAUCUUAUUAGAUGGUGGUAGCAAUACGAUAGUCAAGACAUCCUAUCAUAUGGUACUCAAAACAAUCCAAGCAGGGAUUCUUCAGUCAUGUUAAAGGGGUUGUGCAGCGCUACAAUAUUAAUUACUUAUCCUGAGGAUAGGUAAUCAAUAUCAGAUUGGUGAGGGUCUGACAUCGGGCAGUCCCGCCAAUCAGCUGUUUGAAGAGGUAGUGGCGGUCUUGCGAGCACUGCUUCCUCUUCCAAAUUAGCUAUGCGUUAUCUUCUUUGCAGCAGUGGCACAUUGUAAUUACAAGUGUUUGGCCCAUUUACUUGAAUGGAACGAGAAGUUGCAAUUACCCUGACUCUACAAGUGAGACAACAUGCAGGUAAUUUUGAAGCCGAGGCAGCGCUUGCAAGACCUCCGCUACCUUUUAAAACAGCUGAUCGAUGGGGUGCCAGGAGUCAGACCUCCCUGAUCUGACAUUGAUGACCUAUCCUGAUGAUAGGGAAUCAAUAUUGUAGCACUGGACAACCCCUUUAAGUAAAAGUCUCUGUAGAGGAUGUAUGUAAUGGAUACACCUUGUCUAAAACAGCUGUGAACUUUAGCAAUACAACACCUCAUGCAUAUAAAUAAAGAUAUUGCACAUUUCUUACCAUUUUUACAGGGACUUCUUAAUAAAGAGGUUGUCCAGAGGCACAAAAACACAUGACCAAGGCUCUAAUAUUACAUAAAUACAGCACUUACUAAUUACUUCACAUUAGAAAGGUGCCCCGAUCACUAGAAUGGAGGAGUGGUCAUGGGAUCACAGAAGUUUAGGGGACUGGUGUUUCGGUGGUCGUGCAGGUGGACAGCAUUUUACAAAGGCAGGUGGGAGGGUAGGAAAAAGAGGCUAAAAAGGGAGAUGCCAGGACAGAACAUAUGGGAAGGGGGGGGGGCAUUCUGGCUCUUUGACUCCCUUUUAGCAGUCUUCAGCUUCUUUCAGAAGACUGCUGAAGGACGCCAGGGACCUAGGUGGCUGGAAUGGAGCUUCAGCAGAUAAGUAUGAACUUUGUAAAAGGUACAACAGGUUGGGGUUCAUUAAACAAGUCUAAACAAAAAACAGACAACCACCUUAAGACAUCAGAACUGUUCCUUGUUUUGCCUGCUUGUCAUGACCUUUGCACUGCCCACUUACCGGAAUCCUCAAGCGGCUGAAUGUCAGUGUUCUUGUACAGAACAUGCACUCAUGUUUAUUCUUUUGAUGACAGGGAUUAAAAAUGGUAAGAUAAUUUCUAUAACUGUUCUUGAAUUGUACAAGUUUUAUUUGUACGUCUUGGUGCAUACACCUGGCGUGAAAUGUAGCAUCACUGAAUAAAGGGGUUGAGGGUCUCCAUCAUCUCUCAAACAAAAGCACAAUUCUUGAUAAAGGCAUGGGGUAAUCCUAAGAGAACCGAAGGUGAAAUGGAGCCUAGUUCAGCUACCACAAGCAUCAUUCUCAUGUAUUCAUUACAUGUCCCUUAAAUCUCACAUUUGAUUUUCAUACUUACAUAAAAUACCAUACAUACUACACACAUAUGGAUUGUACAUCAUUGAAAUGGCAGGGGCCACACAGCAAAGGAAAAAUUAGGCACUCCUAACUGGGAGUGAAGGUCCUGAUGUUCCAUCCAUUUUCAUAACCGUAGUAAAUUUUCUAUUUAGUUUGGUAAAUUUAUUUCAGUAACUAUGGACAAUACAUUCCAGGGCAAGUUCUCACCACCCAUUCAAAUGGGUACAACACUCAUCUUGAAUGGGCCCCCUCUCUGCCUGGGUCCUAUAGCCGCCCCACAAGAAUAUAUAUAUAUAUAUAUAUAUAUGUAUAUAUCCUUGUUACAUUCUUUCCUUACCCAGUGACCACCUCUAAAUAUUAAGGGGCACAUUUAUUAAGACUGGCGUUUUAGAAGCUGGUUAUAAUAAGGUCCUGUGCUGGCGGUGAAUCCGCCAAAGUUAUGAAGAGGCACCGGCCACAGCUUCAAAUGUAAGACAUUUAGAUCUUUUUCUACGCCUAAAACAAGCGUAGAAAAUGGUAAAUGAAAAAGGCCUGCAGGCCUGUCCCCUUCCACCCCACUUUUUUAGACCUGGCGUGAGUGGGGACAAGUCACAGAUUGCGGCGCCAGAAAUAAAUGACCCUCCAAUUCUUCCCCUAGUCAUGCUAUGCUUUAUCCACCAAUAUGAAACCAUCUAAGUGCAUUAGGUCCAAUGCUUCUGGGAGAGAAGAGGGCUGUUCUAUCAGCAUGCCAUGGAGUAUGCCACAACUUUUAAAAAACAUUCAAUUGGAGGGAUGUGGAGGUACAGUACUGGCCUCAUAGAUUUGACUUGGAGUUAUAUUACAGCUCAGUAUCAAAAUGGCCAUGUGCAUGAGGCCUGAGACAUAUUCAAACUACUUGUCCCACCAAAAGCAUCAGGACAUUACAAUCCAUUUGAUGUCUUGUCUUUUCCUUCAUGUAUCAACGUUUCCAGUUGGUGCUGAAGAUAUCAUUCAAGUCCUUACAUAAUGUAUGGUCUAUGAUUAUAGUUCAGUUUACUAUUUUUAUGUAAACUCUCCAUCCCGCCAGGGUCCGUUCAUAGAGAAACUAGUCAAUGCCAACACCCAUUCUGGGCUCCCAGCCUGUACACGUCUGCAUUUAAAGGUUAUCUACAACAGACUGCCACAAUUUACUAACAGUCUUCAGUGAAUCCUGCUGCAACAUUGGACGGUGUGCACCAGUUGAAUUAUCUGGGUCCCAGUUUAUUCUUUGAAACUCCAUUUCAUAGUAUUGGUUCAUUGUAUAACUAGGUCUUUUCCUCGAUGUUCAUACAUGAUGGGUUAUUUUAGAACUGUUCUCUUCCGGUAUCCAUUUUUUAUUUGUGUUGGGUAUAUGACUCUUCUCUGUUAGGACAGGAACCAUACAAUUUCCACACAUUCUCCUUCAUGGCAGGUAUCAUCUUCUGACAGGCUCCAGAAACCUUCCCUCCUCCUGGGAUUACUGAAAAAUUGCACUAGACGUGAGAGGCAUGUAUAAGAAUGAAUGCAUGUUGUAAGGGGAGUCUUCUCUCUUAUAUGCACUCGUCUCACUACCACAUGAUGUGUCUGAGUAUGAUGGCAGCACCUAAUGGCUCAUCAUUGUAUAUUUUAAUAAAAUAAAUGGAAAAAUG